GCUUCCUCAAUAUCGUCAGUCGUCACCCUCCAUCUCUCUCCGUCUUUCUCCUUCAUAUUUGACGGCCGUGGAAAGCUCUGCCACCUUUCAACAGAGGAGAGGCACUUCCUCAUUUGCAGCUUCCCUUCCUCUUUCCUUUUCUCGAAGCACUUCUAAGGAGAGAGAGAAAAAAAAGAAAAAAAAAGAGCUCCCUUAAACCUCUAAAAAGCAGGACUUUGUGCCUCUGCUGCUCACGCAACCCUCUCUCUUCUCUCUGGGGAAAAACCCUCUUGAGGAAAUCCCAUUUCCAGUCGCUCUCUAUCUUUCUUCCUUACGUGUUUCUAGCAAAUCCCAGUUGGGUUCAUUCCGUUUCAAAGCAAGAAGAUUGGGAACAAAGGCCAGGCGAAAGGAAAAGAUCUGUUCUUUCUUAUCUUUGUUUUUUGGGUUUGUGAACGAACGAACUUUCUGGGGAUUAGAGAGAGAGAGAUGGUGCACCACCAGAGGUUACAUCAGUGGAGGAAAGGCGAAGCCCAUAUCUUCGGCGACGAAGAGCAUGGCUUCGUCGUGUUUGACUUCGCAAGCUUCGGUCACAAGAGGAAGAAGCCCAGGCUCUUCUACCUCCUCCUGAUCUCUCUUCUGUCCUGCAGCCUUGUGUUGUUGGUCCCUGGGCUGUUCGGUUCCAGUAGCCUCUCUCUCUUGUAUUCUUUCGGCGUGGACAGUGAAGUCGCUCGUGAGAACUACGAUGCAAAUGCCCCUCCUUGUUCUUCGAUGUCUAAUGGGACCAUAUGCUGUGACAGAAGCGGCGUUCGCACUGAUGUGUGCAUCAUGAAAGGGGAUGUGAGGACACACUCUCCCUCUUCCUCAGUCUUCCUUUAUAGUUCCAAGCAGACGAGUGGGCUUGUUGACUUGUUCUCGAGCUUUCUCGGAGUAGCCGAAGACGGCCAUGACGAGGAACUCCAGCAUGAAAAGAUAAGGCCCUAUACCCGAAAAUGGGAGAGCACUACCAUGGCAACUAUCGAUGAGCUAGACCUUGUUGUGAAGAAAGACAUUGCGGUUGCUCGCCAUCGGUGCGAUGUCUGGCACGAUGUCCCUGCGGUGUUCUUCUCGACAGGAGGCUACACGGGUAACGUCUACCAUGAAUUUAAUGAUGGGAUUCUACCGCUGUACAUAACUUCGCAGCAUUUCAAGAAGGAGGUGGUGUUUGUCAUCCUUGAAUAUCACGAUUGGUGGAUUACAAAGUACGGGCAGAUCCUUUCUCACCUCACGAAUUAUCCGCCAAUCGACUAUAGUGGAGACAAAAGAACCCAUUGCUUUCCUGAAGCCAUUGUCGGUCUGAAAAUCCAUGAUGAGCUCACCGUGGAUCCGUCGCUGGUGAAGGGGAAAAAGAGCGUUGUCGACUUCAGAAAUUUACUUGACCGUGCUUACUGGCCACGGAUUAAUGGUUUGAUACAAGACGAGGAGCGAGAGAUGCAGCUGAAACUGAGCCAGCCACCUUCAGGGUCAGCUCAGGAGCAAUCGAUGAAAAUCAAUAAACAGGAUCAGAAACCCCGAUUGAAGAAACCAAAGUUAGUAAUAUUUUCGCGCAGUGGGUCAAGGGCGUUAUUGAACGAGGAUUGCUUGGUUAAAAUGGCAGAGGAGAUGGGGUUCAAAGUAGAAGUUUUGAGGCCUGAUAAAACGACUGAAUUGGCGAAAAUUUACCGUGUGCUUAAUUCAAGCGAAGUCAUGAUUGGUGUACAUGGGGCUGCGAUGACCCACUUUCUCUUCAUGAAGCCUGGUUCGGUGUUCAUCCAAGUUGUUCCUCUGGGGACAGAUUGGGCAGCUGAGACAUACUACGGCGAGCCUGCAAGAAAGCUCGGUUUGAAGUAUAUUGGUUAUGAGAUUUUGCCUACAGAGAGCUCAUUGUACAGUGAAUAUGAUAAAGCCGAUCCAGUCCUUACUAAUCCAAAGAGCGUGACAGAGAAGGGAUGGGAAUACACUAAGAAGAUCUAUCUUGAUGGCCAGAAUGUGAGCUUGGACAUGAGGAGAUUCCGCAAGCGGCUGCUUAAAGCUUACGACUAUUCCUUCAUGAAAAUUAACUGGCAUUCCAAUUCUCUGCUGAAGUUCGAUUAGCUCUGUUGUUCAUGCAUUCUUUGCCAUUUUUUGUGGAUACAUUUCAUUGCUGUACAUUGCAACCAGGACAGUCCUUUUGUAAAGGUUAGAGAUUUUAUUCAGUCCUUUUUCAUGUACAGGCAUGCACCAAAAUAAGUUCUGUUUUUUUAGUCUGUGCACAAUCACGAUGUAGUAGAUAGGCAUGGUAAGCGAGGUUUCGAUGAGAAUCUUUUGUUGUUAUGUGCUAAGUAGAUAGAAAUGAGUUCCUUAACUGUCGAAUUAGUUACAAUCAAACUACCAAGUUGGCCAAGCCUUGCUGACUACUCUGUUGAAUAGUGUUGGAACUUUGUCCA